GUCCCUUUUUUGAAACCUCUUUCAAGUUCCAAGACAUCCACAACUACAUUCGAACAAAGAUGGCAGACUUUAUUCAGGCACUUGACCCAGCGAAACUACUACUUGCAGAGACUGCGCUGGCCUUCAUAAUCAGUCCUUUUACUGUCCCAGCAUACAACCUGCCCAUCUUCCUCUUCGGUUCGUAUGUACAGGAGAGCAGCGACGCGGCACAGUCGCUGACCUUGUUCGCGGGCUUGUUACCGUUGUCGAUAUUCUAUGACGUACUGUGGAUGAUCAAGAAUGAACAAGGUGGCUUCCUUAGGUUCCUUACUAUUAUCCUUUUACUUUUGAAGAUACCAACCGCUGGUGCCUUUUUGAUCGCCAUGCGUCAACGCGGGGGACAGUUCCCGGGCCUCGGAACUGAUAUCAAUGGUCCUACGGUUUGGUCCAUGCCUGGGGGUUUCACCUCUGGCGGCCGCGACGGCUACCAGACCGUGGAUGACGACACCCCGCGUGCUCCCUCAAAAGUUAGCUCUGUUCCAGCGCCCCAGCCUGCCAACCAGUCUGGCGCAUACCAGUCCGUUUGAAAAUUACUUGGAAACUUCGUACUGAGGUGGUUUGGUGCUGUGGAUCAUAUGUUGUAUGACGUUUGAAAAUAGACAUCUGAGUUUUCUGCAAGCGAACGUUGUUGACUUUUGACUGAAAUAAGCGAGGCUACUCAGGGCUGCUCAAACAUUACUACGGUGCAUGGGUGAACCUUCGGGCUUGGAGGGUCUUGGCAGGUAAUGUACCUUGUUCUUCUGAAGAGAUGGGGCUAAUACUGAGGUCACUUACGACCUGUGCGUCCCUUGACAACGCAAUUUAGGAAUUUCCAUCAGGAGCUUUCGUAAAAUGGGAAGAUGAGUG